AAAAUAUGACCAUGCGGCUUUCAGACUGUCAAGUCUCAAUCCCCAUGAUUUUUUUUAUAAUAACAAAUUGUUAUUUCAAUUUUUAAUUUUGAUUGUAAACGAUAUUUUUAAGGUAUAUUUUAAAAAAUUAAUUAAAGUAACAUCCUAGACAGAGAAAUUUCUUAAACAUGAGUUCACAAAAAAUUUCAUUAAAGGCUGAUGAGGCUAUUAACUGGUUCCAAAAAAAUUUGAAAAAUGGUAUUAGUUAUGGACUAUCAUUUGAAGAUUAUAAAAUGUUUGAAGUGUUUAUCACAUCAACUCUUAAUGAUGUAGACAUAAAAAAACAACUUCUUAGUUCAGUUUUGCCAAAAUUCUUUGAAAAUUUAACAUCACCAAAGACUAAUCAGUCUACAAUCAACUCUCAGUUAUCUGUUAUGAGGUUAUUUAUGAAAUAUUAUGGCAGUACAUGCGGUCAAUUUAAGAGUGUAAUAGACAAAUUUACUUUAACAACAGUAAGUGAGUAUUUUAGUGAUGACAAUAUUAUGCUAAAAGUCACCAAGUAUUUAGCUUUGUAUCCUCAGUGUGGUGGGCGAGGACAGCAAGGUGUUAAUCAUGCUGAGGCAUGGACAAAUCAGUUCAAUGAUUUCAUUUACUGUGCUAAUUAUUUCUUAACUAAACUUUAUUCCAAUGUUGAUUUUUUUAUAAGCACGUGCACUAAUGAUAAUUAUGAAGGGAAGUUUGACAUUAAGUGUUUAAAUGUAAUGCAAAUUGAACAAAUGACACCUAAAGAACGUUACGAAAAAUUAACAGCCAUAUUUAUUUUUUUUAACUCUGUUCUUCAAGCAAUGCUACUAUCUAUGUUUUCUACUGUUAAGAAAUUUGAUACCAACAAAAUUAUUCAAUUCGCCUUAAGUGUUAUUUCAGUAACUUCUGAGAAACUAAAAGCAACAUCAACUACUGAGGAUGUUAUAGCGUUAGACAGCAUGUUAUGGAAGAUACAUUGUUCAGCCAUUAAAACCAUUUCAGCAUUAAUCAAAAGUUGUGGGCGCGUUUUAAUACCUCAAGGAAUGUUAAUAUGUCGAUUAUUAGUACAAUCUCUUAAUAUUACAAACUAUACAAACUGCCAAUGGGUUUAUGGUACAAACAGAUCUAAUCAACAACAGCGUAUAUUGACUUAUCAAGUCUUACGUACUUGGCAAGCAGUUGCUGGUUCCCAAAGUUCACUUGACAUGUUUACAGAAAGUCUCGUUUCCAAUAUUUUGGCUGAUAUUAAAUAUGAUAAACCGUCUCUUAGUUUAAUUAUCGAAGAACAAGUUGGUAAUAGGAAAAGGAAAAGUGGUGCGUUAAAUGCAAAAAUAAUCAAUCAGAGAGAUACAAUCGUCAUGCACGACUAUCAUGCAAAUGCAGCCAUAUGUAACCAAGCUCAUGAAAUCCUCCAAUUAAUUUUGAAUACAAUGUCAUCGGAUCUAAAACAGUUGCAGUUUAAAGUAUUUCAAAGUGCUGUCAUGGGACUAGCAUUGGAUAUAGUAAAAUGUCAGCGACCAGUCGAUUAUCCUUUACCUUAUUAUAAUGACGUGUGCAGAAUAAAUUUAUUCAAAUCAUUAUUAGCUUUAGUAAUUUCUCCACAUCCGCAGUGUGUAACUCAGACUUCAGUAGCAACACGAUUAUUUACUAUGGGUUUAGUUGAUCGUAAUGUAAAGGUAAAAGAAAUUAGUCGAUCAGCUCUUGCGAAAAUUGAGCACAUUAUUCAUCCACGAAAUGAUACGUUAUUCUUUCCACUUGAAAAUGAAGUAGAAGUUGCAUCAACCAAUCAAAGCGCAUUACCAGAAAAUAAUAGUCAUUUUUUGAAAGAAAUUGAAGUUGUAAAUCCAGUUUUAUCUGAGCAAGUGGUUAAAACUCAAAUAGAAAAAUGUAAUGAAAUUAAACAACACAUACCUUUAGAACCCAUUUCAGUAAUUCCAACAAUAAACACAACAGUGGUUGAAAAUAAAGAUGUUAUUAAAGAAAUGUCUCUAAAAAGUGUUAGAGAAAUUGAAAAAAUAUCUGAGAUACAGACAUCAAAUACAUGUUUGAUAAACAGUCAAAAUCGACUUGCAGACAAUAUUGAUUCUCAACAGUCCAAUAAUAAAGAUAUAGAACCUAUGGAUAUAGAAUGUAACAGUACUACUAUACAACCAGAUCAAUCGGCAGCUAUUAAUGUUGAAGACAAAGAUGAAGAAGUCAUAGAAAUGCUUAAUGAUUUUGUAGAUUCUGAUUAAAAUUAAAAAUAAUAAAAUAUAUUUAUUUUA